CAUAGAAAACUUACCUACCCCAAACUUUUGAAUGCGAUUACGUUUAUAUAUAUUUAUAUAUAUGCUACCCUAAUGAACCAGUGAAAAAGAGCUGAGGGGGUGAAUGGGGGUCUGCCAGAUUGUAAAGCGUGAACGAGAGGCAACAGCUGAGCUGAAGCGAGCAGUCAUUGGCACUCAGCAGACCCUCCUCUAUGUUUGAGGGUGAGAGACACGCUGUUCUGUGAAUGUCUUCUGCUGAGUGCAGAGCAGGCUCUGUGCUCUGCCGUCUUCACCUAUGUGCGUCAGCUUCAUUUUCUGCCUCUGCGUAACGCAGCUGCAGAGCCUCUGCAUCCACCUUUGAGAACAAAAGAGGACAAAAGCGAGGAUUAGAUUUUGGAUGAGGAAGAAACCAAGUGGAAGCUGUCUGUUCUCCAGUUCUGAGAUUUGAAACGCUGUAAAUACCAUUGUUGUGGACUAACAUAACUGUUACGGAAAUCUCGUGCUGUACAAUCCGUUUUCCUCACUUUGGACCACCAAUGGAAUAUCAGUUUUGACUUUGAGACAUUUCAAGAGACUUUCAACACUGGAUCCAAACAUGCUGGACACAAACCAAUGCCUUCAUAUUGAUACUUCCUCUUUUGAGGAUCAACCAAUUCAAAACGGUGAAGAUAAGAUGUCUGUGAUGUCUCUGGACUGUGACAGACAUGCUUAUCAUAGCCUCAAAGAAGUUCUUCAGCUCAAACUACAACAGAGAAGGACAAGAGAGGAGCUGGUCAGCCAAGGAAUCAUGCCUCCACUGAAGAGUCCAGCUGCCUUUCACGAACAGAUGAAAAGUCUGGAGAGAGCACGCACUGAGGAUUACCUGAAGAGGAAGAUCAGGAGUCGGCCAGAGAGGUCAGAACUGGUCAGGAUGCACAUCCUCGAAGAGACCUCAGCUGAGCCCUCACUGCAGGCCAAGCAGCUGAAGCUGAAGAGAGCCCGCCUGGCAGAUGAUCUCAAUGAUAAGAUCUCCCACCGCCCUGGUCCCAUCGAGCUCAUCCACAAGAACAUCAUCCCUGUGCACACGCUCAUUGGUACAGAGUCUCCAAAGGGUGAGAGCUCCUCAAUGGACGAGGACAGUAGCGAUGCCCUAUCACCGGAUCCCCUGUGCAGUCAAGACUCUCCGUUGGGUCUUGCCCCUCAACACUCCCCCUCUGAUAUGCUGAAAAUGAAUGGAGAACUCUCACCCUCUCAGUUCCUCACUCAGGCCCCACCUCCUCCUCUCGUUGCAUCUGAUGCUUCUCCACCACGGAAUCUAACCAGUGAAACUAACAUGACAAACUCUUCCCGUCCACCGACGGGACAUACAAAGCAGUCCAAGUCCAGCACAGAUCGGACAUCUCAACGAUCCAAGAAACCCAAAGAUAACAAGCCCAAAGUGAAGAAACUCAAAUAUCACCAGUAUAUCCCACCUGACCAGAAGAAUGACCGGGAGCCGCCUCCUGAACUGGACUCCUCGUACGCUAAGAUCCUCCACCAGCAGCAGCUUUUUCUUCAGCUUCAGAUCAUUAACCAGCAACAGCAGCACUACAACUACCACACUAUCUUACCCGCACCUCCAAAACUUCCUGCUGAAAAGCAGCAACCAUCCAACAAUCCAGGCCCCUCCCCUUCCCGGACUAUUUCCGCGUGCUCUACAAUCUCCUCCCAUCAGAAUGGGCCCAAUCGUCAGAGCCAGCCUACAGUGGGAGGAGCUAAGCCCAGCACUUUGCCUGCAAACCUGGAUGAAUUCAAAGUUGCUGAACUUAAACAUGAGCUCAAAUUGAGGGGUUUGACAGUAUCGGGCACUAAGAACGAUCUCAUCGAACGACUGAAGAACUACCAGGAGCAGAACAGUGGUUCUUCAGCCACAGGGACUGCAGCUACGAAAACCGUCCCUGCUCAGGUACCACAAGUGUCAGUUCAGUCAUCUGGUGCCGCCCAACAUCAAGCCCCGAAAGAUACGGUUGUUCCAUUGUCAGCCUUUCCUGUAGCGGCUACCACUCGGGUCCACAGCACAACUCCACCUCAAAUCAUGCGCUUCAGCAGCACUAGCUCCUCUCCUCCUGCAUCUCCGACCCCCUCUGACCGCUCUCUGGCUGGAUUGAGUCCCGAUGAGGCAAGCUGCAAUGGGGAUGUGUUUGGAGAAAUGGUUUCCUCGCCUCUCACCCAGCUCAGCCUGCACCCCUCUCCAGACCGCCCAUCCCCAAUUAAAGAGGAGUCUCAUGGGCAGAUGCAGCCCUCCUGCAGGCUUUCUCACCCGGGUCCGCUGCCAGCUGCACAGUCUCAGGAUCCAGGUCCCAUGGCAGCAUCAGGAUCUGCGGUGUCUCCUUUGGACAAAGACCAAAUGCUUCAAGAGAAGGACAAGCAGAUCGAGGAGUUGACACGCAUGCUUAGGCAGAAGCAGAGGCUGGUGGAGACCCUGCGCUCUCAGCUGGAGCAGGGUAAGCGUGGAGCAGCAGCAGACAUAACGGACAACACGGGUAACGCUGAAAUACCAUUGCUGUCUAACGGAGUGGAAGUGAAGGUAAAGGAAGAGAUUAAGGAUGAAAUGGACACAACAGAGGACCUGCAGAAGCAAGUCCAACCCCAGAAGAAGAUCCAGACGCAGUGUUCGCAGCAGACUCUACUCAAACUGCAGCAGAUUCAGCGGCUGCAGUUGCAGCAGCAGCAAAUGCUGGUGGACCUACCAAACAUACAGCAACAAAAGACACAGUUAUUGCAACAGCAAAAUCAGCAGCAGCAAAUGGAACCACUGAAACUGCAGCAAGAGCAAGGAAAAACACAGGUGUUGCAGUUGCAGCAGCAGAAGACGCAGCUGCUGCAGCAACAGCAGAAGGCUCAGUUACUGCAACAGCAGAAGGCUCAGUUACUGCAGCAGCAGAAGACACAGUUACUGCAGCAGCAGCAGCAGAAGGUACAGUUACUACAACAGCAGCAAAAGACUCAGUUGCAGGAGCAAAAGAAGACGCAGUUACUGCAACAGCAGCAGCAACAAAAGCUGCAGCAGCUCAUCAUCCAGCAGAGGCAGCAACAAAGCAAUCAGAAGCAGCAGCAGACGAAGCCACAAAAUCAGCCACAGCAGCAGGUACAGACACCCCAGGUUUCACAGGUGUUCGUCAACCAGCAGUCUAGUACUCAAAUUACUACUACGUCUUUCCCACUGGAUCUCCUGAAAGCUCACUCCACUCCCACGUUGGUCACUGACAGUAAUGGUAACCGUUAUCUGAUUGCACUCACCAGUAAUAGUGUGGACAGCCUGACUGGAAAGUCUCCUCAAAGCAAAUCCAAUGGAUGGAUUACUCUACAGAGAUUGCAGUCGACCCCUACCAAGCUUCCUAGCCAGUCAUCUACUAGUAUGGCUAGUUCUACCAACCAAUCACAAGUUGUCAGAGAGCCCAUCACCAAAGUUCAGAAAGUAGGGCUCCACUUGGAAACUCCAAUUGUUAAAGAGCCCAGCCAGCCAGUGUCUGCACCACCCAGUUUUGAGCCCUUCUUCAGUGAGGAAUCGAACCCACUGAGCAAACCCUCCUCACCCCCUUCGUUUAAGGAGGACAUUUGCCCAUCUUUUGAUCGACACACUUUAUUUACCCCUUCCUCCCCAAAGCCGAACCCUCACCCUCCUCAGCGUUUCAAAGAUAAUGUCUCAAACAACCAGCAAAUAGAUGAUCUGUUUGAAAUCCUGAUCAAGAGUGGAGAAAUUUCAUCUGGAUUUAAAGCCAGUCAAGACCCCUCCCUGUCAGACCUCCCCUCCAGCCCACCCACUCCUUCCCCACCUCCUUCUCCGCACCACUUCUUGCCACCCACACAUCACCCCGACACCCAGAACAGACCUUGCUCUGGAACAGGCCGUCUGGAGGACUUCCUGGAGAGCACCACCGGUGCUCCUCUUCUCGGUGUGGAGCCGGACGGACCUUUAACGUUAAUCGAUGACCUCCACAAUCAAAUGCUGAGCACUUCCAGUAUUCUGGACCAUCCCUCAUCUCCAAUGGACACCAGUGACCUGAGCUUCUCGCCCCACCCUGCCAGCUUGGACUUUGAAGACCCCACCUUGGAUGGCAUGGAUUGGCUGGACAUACCCGUGGUAGGAGGGGGCAGUAAUUCUAACAGUGGGGGUAUGGUUCUUGCCCCUCUGAGCUCGCACACCCCACCCAGUGUAUUUUCUGCAGACUUUUUGGACAGUUCAGAUCUGCAGCUCCACUGGGACUCAUGUUUGUAGCUUUUGGUCUUAAUUGCUUGACGAGACACAAUUUAGCACCUUCAACGUUACUGUGUAUAGGCUGUACACAAAACACUCCAGACGCACAUGCUGUUUCUUAUGUGAAAAAGCUUCAUUGUUUUCUUCAUAUUCCAAUGCCAAAUGGUAUUUAAACAGUUCCUGCGGCUGAUAGGUUCUCUUAAGCACUGAAUUUUAAGCUCUCAUUUUUUUCUUCAUACCCAACUGUUUUACAUCACAUGGCAUUGUUGCCUUUGCCAACAGAGAGACCAAUAUGGACCCCGCCACCAACUUCCCACAUCAUCCACAGCUCAACUAAAGAAUCCAUAUUUUGGUCUAGCAGUUAGAAAAGUUGUCUAUGCUGGUUAGGAUAAUUUUUCACUUUAAGAACACUAGUUCGUACACUCCUCCACCCAUCUUUGGCACCAUAUAGUGUUAUUUCUACCCAUCUCAAUAAAGCUGUGACCUCAUAACCAUUAUGAGGGCUAUUUCUGCUUUACAGGUUUCACACUUUUCCUUUCAUUGACAAACUAAAUGGAGAAAAAAAUAUGAGAUGUCAUAAACAUCCUUGCUUUUGAACCCUUUUGGCUUGUUAGUUUUUCCAACAUUGCACUUGAGCCGACCCGACUGGCGCUCUGGUCUACACCCAAUGUAAUGGGAUCUGCAGGGAACCAGGUUUGGUGACGUUCACCAGAUCUCUAUGCAUUGCUGUACUUUAGGAUCAUGUAUUGAUGAAACCUUUGUUCUUUUCCCUCUGAUUGUAACCAUUUCGCUGGUGGAGGUCAGUGCUGGGGUUCAGGUUUCAGAGUAUUUGGAACUUCUUGUUUUUUAAAAAAGGAAAAAAAAUAAAAGAAAAAAAAAUGCA